GCUAUUGGCCGACGGGGCCAAAAAAUAUGAUGCACGAGUGUGGAACGCGGAAAUACGAGCCUACGAGAAGCCUCAAACGCAUCAUUUCUCCUGUGUGCGUUAGUUACGACACAUUCUUGUCAUCCAAAUGUAAGAGGACACCGCUUCCUGGUGUGGACUAAUAAUAAUGGGCUGAUGAUAGAGAGAGGAGGUAGAAGUCCUCGAGUCGGGUAAGUCAUCGCUCCGAUCCGUGGUUGUGAUUUAGCAGAGUGCGGAAAUAGUGUGAGUGUAGCUGCUGUAAUAUUGUACCUUUUCGCCGGUUUUAAAACAGCAGAGAGGAGGUGAUGCUGGAAGGUAGAACUCAGUCUGAGGUCGAUACCACAGGAAAUGUGUUAUGUUAUCUUUCAAGAAAAGCAGUUUUAGUAUGAGUUACUGUUCAGCACGUAUGGAUGUCAGUGUUAUCAUCUGUCAAGACUUCUGCUGCUGUUUACUCCUUCCUCUAGUUUCUUUAGUUGUAACUUAAAGCUCAUGUGGGGAGUUUUUUCAUGUUUAUAAAAGAGCUUGAAAUUCACCCUGAUGUCUUUUUAUGGUACUCAUAAUCAAGCAAGAACAUCAGCAACAAGACUGGUUAUUUUUGUAUGAUGAUUUCAAUACCUGCGUGAGGAGUGUACCUGUGUGAACAGCCCUUGUUUCUACAAUAUUCACGGUAAAUGAUACAGUUGGGAGUCAAGUCAUCAGGAUGACUUUUUUUGUCAUCGCUUCAUAUGUCUAGGAAAACAAUUAGCAAAGACUGCAUUGUUCAAAGACGACAACAAAAAUGACACGUACUGAAAGUUCCUCAUAGGUGCUUUAAAUUCCAGAGCGAACAGCAGCUUCUUCAAUCAUGGUUUGAGAGCGGGACGACCAACAUUAGAAGUACUGAAUAAAAUCUAGUCUUUCCGAGAGACACCAUCAAUGACAAGCUCCAUCUUUUGAAUGCAGUGCUGUAGGACUUCCUUGUUCCUGGAGCUUUGAAAUCAUGUUUACUGGCAUAUUUACUGCGCUGUAAAUGUAAAAAUGUACUCAUAUUUAUAACAUCAGAGUUUUGAUGUUGCUCUUCAAACCUCAUCUCCUUGUGUACAAGCAGGAACAGAAGAGGCACCACAUCCAGCCGGAGGAAUGUCAGCCGUAAACAAAUCUGCAGAGGAUGACGGCUCCUUUUCGUCGAAGGUUAUCAACAUAGUGCUUAUCCUCCUGCUGCUGGAUCUGCUGGGAUUUACACUGAUCCUGCCUCUACUGCCUUCAAUUUUGGACCAUUAUGCACAAACAGGGGUAAACUGAGGUUUUGUUUUAGGGUUACAAAGUAUGUCCCACAAGAGAACAAUAAAAACACAGCUGUUAAAGACAAUAAAAAUGUUUUAAUUCUGUUCCCAUGGCGAGACAGUUGUAAAUCAGUGUCACAAGAGGAACCAGUGUUCAUUGUUUUAAGCUUUAGAUACUUUGCCACUUGAAAAUAUAUGUGCAUAUUUUCGAAUGGGGCAUGUCGGACGGAGGAUGUGCUGAAUUUGAUAUUUAAUACUCUCAGAACAAAGGAGGGCCUUGUCAAUGCCAUAAAAAACAUAAGGAACUCGUGUGUGAUUAGAUUAGAUUACAUUAGAUUAGACUGUGUGUUUGUGUGUCAAAGAGAGAGAGUAAUGGAGUCUUAGAGUGCUGACUCAUGCUGAAUUUACCUCUUUACUCCAGAUGUCUGAGUGUGAAGUUUGUGUCUGUUUUCCUUGUGUUGCAGGAUGUUGUCUAUGAGUCCCUGCAGGGUGUUGUGGACUGGUUCAGGGAUGCUGUGGGAAUUCCUAUGGAAAAGAAAUACAACACAGUCCUGUUUGGAGGUGAAGUAGGUUGAUUGCUUAAGUGGAGCUUUAUCUUUUUAUGACGCUGUGAUUCACACAUUUGCUGUGUUUGUCUUUCAGGUCUGAUCGGGUCGCUGUUUUCCCUGCUGCAGUUCCUGGCUUCUCCAAUAACAGGGGCUCUGUCAGACCAGCAUGGCAGGCGACCCCUUCUCCUUCUCACUACAGUAAGUAAAAUCUUACUUCACUUCACUGUUUUUGCAACAUCGAAACAUUCCAGUCAGAUUGUUCUUGCUGCAUUUGCUAAACUUCACUUGUUGUCCUUCAAAUCAUUCCUCCUGCGAAGCACAUGUACCUCCUGUGAGAAAUUAUGAAAGCCUCUAAUCCACACCAGAGGGUUUAAUUUGGUGUCUGUUUUUCUCCAGAUAGGCCUGAUGUCCUCCUACGCAGUCUGGGCAGUUUCCCAGAGUUUCUCCAUGUUCCUUUUGUUUCGAGUCAUCGGGGGCAUUUGUAAGGGGAACGUCAGUCUCUGCACUGCCAUCGUGGCUGACUUGCCCUGUCCAAAAGCAAGAAAUCGAGGAAUGGUGGGCAUUGGUUUGAUUCCAUAUCUACAUAGUUUUUCAAAUGUCUGUCUCUCUUUUUAGAUAUCCCUCCAAAUUCAGAUUAAAAUGAAUUCCCAUCUUAUCAGGCUCUGACCUUAAUAUUCUUUAACCUACAUUCAAUUCUACUAAUAAGACUCUGUGUAAAAACAGAAAAAAUAAACUUAUUUCUCCAUCUCUAGGCUAUGAUCGGCAUCGCCUUCUCUAUAGGCUUCACUGUGGGACCUCUGAUGGGUGCCUAUUUUGCUGUCAGCUCAAGAACAACAGGGAGCGUCUUCUAUCAAACUCCAGCACUACUUGCUUUGGCCUUCAGUGCUGCCGAUCUGCUCUUUAUCUGGCUCAUGCUGCCAGAGACACUCACAAAGGAUGUCAAGGUAAGAUAUGAUAACACUCAUGGUAAAAACUAGUAUGUUUUGUGGAGUGUACUCUCCUAAAACAUGUAUUUUUCACAGGAAUAUUCUAUGAACACUCAGACAUUCACUUUACAUAAGAAGAUUGGUAUCUCUCUGUAAAUCUGUUUCUUGAAUCUGAAGCCACUGCCUGCAGCUAGUCAUGAAAACCUGAACAAUGGAGAAAUGACAUGCCUAACAGUGGAAAGGACUUGUGUCGGUUUCUUGACCAGGAGCUGCAACUUCCUGGAGUCUUAACUGGUUGCCUAACAACUUCACAGUGAGGCAAUUUGGACCUUUUGUUGGGCUGAGGUUGGGCUGAAGCUUUGCUGAGGAUUACCUUGAGCUAAUAAUAAGAAUAAUGUAAAUAAUCCUUCUCUAGAAAAUACUGCAAAGUUAAGGGGAGAGUAAAGGAGCUAUCAAUCAAUGAAGUGUGUACCAGCACACACAGAAGAGGUCUUAUCAGGCAAUAUGGAAGAACUAUGGGUGUGUACAGCUGUUUGAACACACACAAACUUACACACAAAUGAUAGAGGGGCUGAUUAUCAGUACUCAAUGUUAUUGAAGGUAUUAUUUAAAAAAUCAUUUUGGAUUGGUUUCGUUUUGUUGGUUUUCCAACAGUCAAAAUAUGUUAAACUCCCCCUGCUGGCUGACUGCAGUAUAAGUCAUAAAGUCUGUCUCCUCCAUGUAAACAGAUGGGGCUUAAGUCAAACUUGAAAAUCAAAAUACAUGACAGAAAUGUUUUUCAAAUAUGGUCUUUGGCCUGAAAUGUAAUUAAAAGUUCACUUUUCUGAAAAGUUUAGUUUUAAUUUGUCAUCUCAUGCCAAAAAUAGGGUUUAAUGCCAGGAUUGACAUCUCUGUUGACAUGUGCAGUAGGCAGCACUGAUUAGUUAACAUCAUCACCAAUCAAUGGGUAAAGCUGGUCCUAAGUUUUAAAUUAUGUAGAAGUUACACCCAAGUUUGUUUGCCCUAAACAUAGACAAAUAGACCUUUUUUUCUUUUUCUUUCAUAGGCGUCAUCUUCAGGGUUUGGAGACUCCAAAGACCUUCUGAGUCCAAUAUCUUUGUUCCAUUUUUCAGCUGUUACCAGGACAAAAGAUCCUCCCUCUAAAGAAAGUAAGUGCUGCUUGUAAACCUGAAUUCUUGGCAGGAGCACCCAUGCACCCGUUUAACCCAUUUCUUCAGUAUGACUGAACUUUGGCACACUGAUCGAAGGUGGGGAUGUAUUUACAGGAAUGCAGAAACUUCAAGUGCUGGGCCUGGUUUAUUUCUGCUACCUUUUCCUGUUCUCUGGUCUGGAGUUCACUCUGAGUUUUUUGACUCACCAGCGCUUCCAGUUUACAAGGUGUGACUCACAGAUAAAGCUGUCUACUACAUGUUAAGGUAAACGUACCUGAAGAGCGGCCUUAUCACUUGACAGGUUUUUUUUUUUACUCUCACUAGUAUGCAGCAGGGGAAGAUGUUCUUCUUCAUUGGUGUCAUCAUGGCUUUAAUCCAAGGGGGUUAUGCUCGCAGAAUCAAACCCGGGCACCACAUCAAGGCUGUUCGUAUGGUAAGAGUGUCAAGGAUUUUCUUGGAUUUUACUCAUUAAAAAAAUAAAGAAAUGUUUUAUGCUCAAAUUUCUUCUGUGUUAAUCUGUGUUUGAUCAUUUUUAGGCAAUUGUAAUGUUGAUUCCAGCCUUUAUUCUCAUCGGACUCUCGUGGAAUAUGGCAAUGCUUUAUGCCGGGUUGGCCCUAUACUCAUUCGGUGAGCAUUAUACAUUAUAUUGAGCAAGACUGAACAUUUCACGGUACGCAGGAAUGUGCAAAGUUCGUUCAUCACAGUAAUGUAAAAAUGAACACAGUAAAUGAAAGUAAAAAUCAAAGCGAUAAUGAAUAAGAAACCGCUCAGAUAGAGACCUUUAUUCAUUCAUUUAUUUAUUUUAAUUUAAAAGGGACCAUGAGCAAAAUUAAACGUAAACAUUGUGAAAGGAUCCACUGCACCAAAGUCAGAAUAAAGCUAAUUUACAUCUGCAGUCCUGGAGGUGACAAUCAAAACAUCAUAUGGUUCAAAAAGACAUUUUUUCAGUAGAUGUGACUCUUUCUAUUCCUCUAAUUUCUUAAGUUAUGGUGCAAUCUGCAAGGGUUAGUUUGUGUAUCCUCACAUCAUAAAUCUGAACAUCAUGCAAUGCUUAAUUUCUUGUUUUAUUCCGAUGUAAAACCCUCAUAAAAGACCUUUUAAAAGAAGUGUGAACACAAUUUUUAACACUGUGUUUGUGUCAUUGUGCAGCCUUAAUUUAUCGUAACUCACCUCAAGCUUCAAUGAAAAAUGUUAAGCAAAACCCCGACAUGUAAUGCAUAGUAUGUAACUCUUGAGCUGGACAUAUAGAUCAGCGAUUAUUAAUAUUAUUUAUCAAUGUAAAAUGCUUUGUAUUCUGUGUUGUAUGUUUUUACAGCGGCUGCAAUAGUUGUUCCAUGUCUGUCUACACUUGUUUCUGACCACGGUGAGCUCCUUUACAACUACUUUUAAUGACCGUCUUGAUCAUCAUGUAACAUGCACACUUGUGCUGAUUAACCUCUUUGGAUGCUCCUCCAGGCUCUGCCAGUCAGAAAGGAACAGUGAUGGGGAUCCUGCGUAGUUUAGGAGCUCUGGCCAGAGCACUGGGACCAGUGGUGUCAUCUUCAAGUAAGAUAAACAGAUGACAGUAGUGACACCAAAUGCGGUUAAAUUCUGAUGCGCUUUGGAGAUGAAAACAAAAGAUGUUUGAGGUGACUGUUGUGUUUUCUUCACAGUUUACUGGAUAGCUGGAGCUCAGACCUGUUUCCUCCUCACAUCAGCUUCUUUCUUAAUCCCUCUGGCUCUGUUGGGAGCAGCUGGAAGGCUAAAGGAGGAGUGACAGACACAAAGACUUGAAUGAAAGCUGUUCAUGUUUUGUUGUUUUAAUGAUUGUCAUGGUGUUUACAACUGCUGGGAAAGGAAAGCACUGACUUUGUACUUUGACAAAAACUAUAGAGAUGUUUAUUGUCUGCGCUGUUUCUGCCAAGGACUAACACACUAAGCAAUAUAAAAGGAAAGGACUAUUCCACCAGAGCAACUUUGCUAAACAAAUGAGAAAUAAGUGAGCAUGAAGCUUUUAAAUGUGCUUAUCAAGACAAAUGCAACUGUGAAUUUCAUAGGUGUAGAUGGGUAAUGAAUCAAAUUUAUGCUUGUGAAACAUUCAUAUAGUUUUUUUAUGCAGUAUUUUAUCUAACUCUCAGAAUUUCUUUUUUAUAUACAGAGUUGCAUUUAUUUUAGAUCACUUAAAAAAAGUAAAUAUUGUAUUUUUUUGUGGUGAAAGAAUAAACAAGAAAAUUGACGCCCAUGUCUGGAAACAUUAUUUUUUUCUAGGUUUUUAUGAAGCGUUGAAAAAUGACUCGUAUUUAAUAAAGUACAAUCAUAAAUACGUG